AGCAGGCGGCUCUCGGGCGCCAGCUGCUUUCACUUGCUUGCUCCGUACUCACUUCACUCACUCGGCGGGAGGUUUCCUAGCUGGCGGCGUCUGUCUACUCCCUGCGUACCAGGUGUCCCCCUGCGUGUCCCGAAGCUCUGCUCCUACAGGGCUGCACCAGACGCCUUUCUGCUCGACAGCAAAAUGGGCGUCCCCCCAGUCCCGGAGGCCAACGGCCUGCGCUGGGGGCCUGUGCUCCUCGCUGUCUUCCUGGCUGCCUCCCGAGGUCUGGUGGCAGCCUUCAAGGUCGCCACACCGUAUUCCUUAUACGUGUGUCCUGAGGGGCAGAACGUCACCCUCACCUGCAGAAUCUUGGGCCCCGUGGCCAAAGGGCAGCACGAUGUGACCUUCUACAAGACGUGGUACCGCAGCUCACGGGGCGAGGUGCAGGCCUGCUCGGACCGCCGGCCCAUCCGCAACCUCACGUUCCAGGACCUUCACCUACAUCACGGCAGCCACCAGGCUGCUGGCACCAACCAGGAUCUGGCCCAGCAACACGGACUGGAGUCAGUCUCUGACCACCAUGGCAACUUCUCCAUCAUCAUGCUCAACCUGACCCCGUCGGACAGUGGCAUCUAUUGCUGCCUUGUGGUGGAGAUCAGGCACCAUCACUGGGAGCAGAGGGUCCACGGUACCGUGGAGCUGCAGGUGCAGAGAGGCAAUGAAACACCGUCCAAGUGCACUGCGUACCCACCCUCCCCCAAGGAGAGUGAAAACAUCACAGCUGCUGCCCUGGCUACAGGCGCCUGCAUUGUGGGCAUCCUCUGCCUUCCCCUCAUCCUGCUCCUGGUCUAUAAGCAAAGGCAGGUGGCCUCCAACCGCCGUGCCCAGGAGCUGGUGCGGAUGGACAGUAAUGCUCAAGGAAUUGAAAACCCUGGCUUUGAGGGCUCUCCACCUGCUCAGGGGAUGCCGGAGGCCAAGCCCAGGCUCCCACUGUCCUAUGUGGCCCAGCGGCAGCCUUCUGAGUCUGGGCGGCACCUGCUCUCUGAGCCCAGCACUCCUCUGUCUCCGCCAGGCCCAGGGGAUGUCUUCUUUCCAUCACUAGACCCUGUCCCUGAUUCCCCAAACUGCGAGACUGUCUAGACCAGCUGGGGGCCAAUGGGCAGCUGUGGCUGAGCCUGGGACAGGUGCAUUUGAGCCAGGCUGAUCCUCUGAGUGGUCCCUUGACCUCGGCCCUGGCUUCUUCCCUCUUGCUCUGAGCCCAGACUCUUUGAAAGAUACCUGUGAUGGCCAGAUUCUCAACCCCUCUGGAUGCUACAGGGUAGAAAGGAGAAGGUGUUGGAUCGCUCGACCUGUCUCAAGGAUGGUGGGGUGCUGGGAUGCCAGAGACCUGAAAUUCACCAGCUACAGAUGCCAAAUGACCUACAUCCUAGAAGCCCCAGAAUUUCCAGCUGUGGCAGCCUCUUUCCUUGAGACUUGACAGCACAGAUGGGACAAGAUGGGCACUGGGCAGAACUCCCCUGCCUCCAGUGCCACCCUUCCAGGAAUGAGAUACAAGACUAGACGUGGAAAGAUUCCUCCUCACUGUGGUGGACCAGCUCCCCCAUCUUGCUCGAGGCUGCUCAUCUUCAGACUCACUCUUUAUAACCGUGGGGCUGUGGGUCUGGGCCUGCCUGCCUACGGCCAUGUGUUCAGUAAAUCUGGAGCUCCCACUCCCUGCACUCUGGACCCCAGAGUUCACUAGACAGAGGCCCCCAAACAGGAAGUACACACUGGAGCACCAUGGCCAUUGUGAGCCAACUGGCAUCUUGGACAAUGGAGGCUGGGCCAGAUGUGUUGGUACCCACAGGGGUGAGGGAGAGCCCAGGGGCCUGCUGGGAAGGUGAGUGGAGAGGGCUCCACUUCCUCUGCAUUCCCUGUCGUCCUCCUCCACUGCUCAGCAUGGUCAAGAGAGGGUGACAGCAUAAUGUAUUGUCCAAACUGUGACACUUUUGAGUGUGAAGAGGGGGUGUUAUUAAAAGCUAUGAGGGCAACAGGUGGAUUAUAA